AUGACGGCGAACUCGGAUAUCACCAAUCAGACGCGCUCCACAACAUCUCAGUUGGGCGGACUUACACGCCAGGAAUUCUACUCGUCACUAGGCGACUCUGCAGUUCCAUCCACCACCGAGUUCAACUACGCGACCUACUUGCGCGAACGGGCAGCAAUAAGCCAGCAAUGCCUCGGCAGUGAGGGCGAGCCAACAGCCACCUCGCCCAUAACUGACGUGAAGGACCCCUUCAACAUGGACGUGGCGGAGCAGCAGCUGCUGAAGAGGCCACCGGCUUGCUUCAUCGUCAUCGGGAAGCCGUGCUCGGGGAAGACGACGAUGGCGCGCCUGCUGUCCGAGUGGUGGCGCUCCAUCUACAUCAGUCCCGACACACUCGUGGAGGAUAUAGUGGAGAGCCAAUCGGAGCUCGGACUCCGCUUUUGGUCCCUCCUCGCGUCGGGUGUGGCCAUUCCCGAGCAGCUCAUCAUGAGCAUGCUGUCAGAGCGUCUGCAGCGUGAAGACGUCAGACACUAUGGCUACGUGUUGGAUGGAUUUCCCUGUCUAUCAGAGAAGGUGCUGUCCCACCUGGAUCAGCUGAAACUGAUUCUAGACUCGGCCCUGCCACCAGCCGUGAUUAUUCAUCUAAGAAUAUCGGACGAAGAUCUGGUGGAGAGGGCUGCGUCUUUCCGCAUGGAUGAAGCAAAGGGCAGGUUGUAUAGCUUCAUAUUCUAUACAGAAAAACCGAAACCACCAAAAAAGCAAAAACCGCCACGGUUGCCAUCGGACGACGAGAAUGAAGAAGAGGAGGAAGAAGAAGAGGAAGAGGAGGAAAUGCACGAGGAGGCAGUCGAAGAAGAGGAAGAAGUUGAGGAAGAGGAAGAGCCAGAACCCAUGGAAAACGAAGAGGGUAGCGAAGACGGUGAAGAACGUCGCCCACCUCAACUCAAACCACCCAAAAAGCCGAAACCGAUGAAUCCAUUUCAUCCGGCACCGAAGAAGGUUCGAGAUACUCUUCUGCGCAUCCCCGAAGGCAAUCGGUCUCGAUUCUCCGGAAAGCUAGAAGCAUAUAAAUCUCGACUGAUGUUGUUGCUGGAAGAUUAUAUGACCAGCCACAGCCCCGAGUUUCUGAUUGAAAUUGACGCUACGCUGCCUCCGAAAGAAGCGUUCGACAGCCUGAAGUACCGUCUGUCUGUGCUACCUAUCUACCGCGCCAUGGUGCCAGUUCGUCUAAGAGAUCAGGACAACCCACCAGCCGUCUCCUCGGAGGACGAGCCCGAGCAGAUCAGACACGUGCUGCAGCGCACCAGUCCGCUCUGCUUGCGAUUCAAGUGGACGCCGUCCGAUUUCGGCGCCAUGUGUCCCGUCAAUCUCCAGGAUGGUCGUAUCGUGCGUGGAGACCCAGAAUUCUCAGUUGGCUUUCUGGAUCACUUCUACGUCAUGGCCAACGAAGAAGCAUACGACCUAUUCAUGCAAAAUCCGCGACGGUUUUUGAUGAGGAAGCCAAAGCCUCCGUGUCGGGUGAUCAUCUGUGGGCCCAUAGGAAGUGGUCGGACCACGCUUGCGUCCCACUUGGCCAGCUACUAUGCUGCAAGUAUCAUUGACAUAAGGGAGGCAGGAGUGCUGUUCUUGGUGAAAAAGCGGAAGGAAGUCUUGGAAGAAAAACGGAAGGAAAAACGAAAAGAAAUCAAGGAGACAGUCAUGGCUAGGAGAAAAAGGGAAGCAGAAGAACGUGCAAAGGUUGAGGCGGAAAACGCUAGCGAUGAAACGAAAGGUGAAGAACAGAGUGGACAGAUCAGCCCUAAUGAUGGCGAAAAAAGCAAAGAAUCCAUGGGGAAAGGAGGUAGCGGUGCAGCUUCGGAAAGAGACUCGUCCGGAGAGGCGACAGCGACACCCAGGAAUAGCGCAGGCAGCAAUCGCUCCAAUGCACCGGAAGAAGCAGAGAGCAAGGCCGGUCCCGGUAGUCCUGGUGCUCGUGCCGAUAGUGGAUCAAGCGGCAAGUCCACUAAGCCAGGCAGUGGAUCUGGGGCUGGGAGCGACGGAGGAGGCGCCGCGGAACAGACGGAGAGCGGAGGUGUGGGCGCUGCAGGCGCUGGCGGCAGCAGCGGAGCCUCCCCAGGGGACGGCGUGACCGACUCGUCAGGCGAGGAGUCCCAGUCGUCGUCGGACGCGCCGCCGGACCCCGAGGUGGAGGCUAAACUGGAGGAGUGUGCCGCUGAACUGGAGGCGCUGGUAGCCGACGUUCAGCUGGAGCCGCCUGACUGGCUGCAGGUGCUGCAGGAGACGGUGGCAGAGACAGAGCGACAGCGCCACGUCGAGGCCGGUGGUGGGCCCAAGCACGGCGGCUGGGUCAUCGACAACAUGCCCACAGAGAUGGUGCUGUGGGAGCUGAUGGCUCAGUCCAAGUUUGAGUAUGAUGACUUGGUUUGUAUCUGGGACGACUCGGAUGAUUUUCUGUUCCUGCAGGAUUACUACUAUCAGGAGCAUCGUGAAAAGGUGGGAGAAGAUGCUGUCGCCGCAAAAACCGCUGCCGAAGAGGAGGCCAAGAGAAAUGAGGAGGAGCAGCGAAGGCUGGAGGAGGAGCGGGCGCGACAGGAAGAGGAGAGGCAGGAGCAGGAGGCGGUGAAUAGGCAAAUGGCGGCCAUUAUGGGCGAGAGCGCAUCGCCUGGCGCUCCGUCUGAGCCAAAGAUGGAUGAAGACGAGACGAAGCCGGAUGAAGCGGCAGCUGGUCAAGGCACUUUAUCUAUCGGCGGCGCCUCCCCAGCGCCGGCUGCCCCAGGCGGGAACGCGUCACAAAGGGGGCCAGCCAGCAACAUGUCCGGAGCACCAAACACCGAGCUAGAAGACCUGCAGGAGCUCGGAGACCCCGCGACGCCUCUGGUACCGCCCGAACCGCCACCAGACUGCCCGAUGAUGGCCGACUACAAAAAGAAGCUGCUAGACUUCAGCCAGGAGUGGAGUUCCGUGCGCAGCCUGGCCGAGCCGCGAAACUCCCCUGAGCCUAUAAUUCUGGCGCUCGACAAGGUGAUGCGCACUGGGACAAAUCUGCUGCGAGUUGUCACCGAGCAAAUGGAGCACAGCUUCCGUCAGCAGCCGCGGGACCUGAGCAGCAGUGACGAGCUGGAGAUGGAGUUUGGAGAGGUUGACGACGAGGUGGAAGAGGAGGCAGCUGAUGAUGACAAUGAGCUCGAGGAUGAGGAAGACCAUGGCAUGUCAGACGCUGAAGGUGAAAACCAGUCACGGCAAGACCAGAAGAAGCCUUACGGAGAGACGGGCAAGUUCUGCCCAGUGACUUACACGAAGAUGGGAGUGCUGCAGCCGGGCUCACCGGAAUUCGCUGUCGGUUACCGCGGUCAGUUAUACCUCACCAGCUCUCAGGAAGCCAUGGAUACACUGAUGGCUGAUCCGGAUCGCUACAUCCCAGCCAAUGAGCCACCAAAUCCGGCGCCGCUGCGGCUUGUUCUGCUUGGAGCAUUCGGUGCAGGAAAAUCAGAACGCGGCCGUCAUCUAGCCGAGAAAUGCGGCGUGUUCUUCUACGACUACACCGAGCGACUGCAAGAAAUAAUGCUGUCUCUGGGAAAGCAACGCAUAGGCAAGCACUUCUACACUGACGUGUCAGGGGAGGACACAAUCGCCGACGACAUCGCAGAUGUUGUCACAGAGACGACCCGCAUGCGAGAGGAGUUUGACCAGAAACAGGCCGAGCGUCGAGCUGAGGCGGCGGCAGCAGCCGGCCUGGAGAGUUCCAGCGCAGGUUUCGGCACUCCUCCACCGGAGCCGUCGGCGGCUGAGGAGGAGCCGGCAGCCGGUGGCGAGGGCUCUGAUACGGAGGAGACCAACGGCCGGCGACCGGACCAGGCAGGCUGGACGGACCUCCAGGUAGAGGUAGAGGCACAUCUCCUCGGAGAGCUGGAGAUGCUGUCUCCGAACAUGCUGGACGAGCUGGUGCGUCCGUGGUGGGAACACUCGCCGUACAAGGAGACAGGGUUCGUGAUGGAGGGCUUCCCAGCGACGCCCGACGAGAUGCAGUAUCUGACAGACCACCAUCUGUUCCCUGACGCCAUCGUUGUGUUGAUAACGGAUCCCGAGCAGACGGUGCAGCGCUUGCUUCCAUCCAGGCUUGCACAGUGGCAAGAGAAAAUGGAUGUUUUCCAGGCCAGAAUAAAGGAGGCACGGGAAGCAAAGGCCGCAGAGAGACAGCGUGAGAUAAAUGAACGUCGAAAGGAGCUGCAAGAUGAAGUCGAUCAGAAGAAGAAGCAGCGAGAAGAGAUGCUGAAGCAGCAGGCUGUGGAUGACGAGGGCGGAGACGAAGAGGGAGAUACCAAUGAUGACGAGCCCCCGGAAGGAUCAGAUGCUAUGACGAUGGGAGAUGAGCUGGGAGAAGAAGAGGAGACGAUCGACAUUGAUCAGAUCAUUGCAGACGAAUUCCCUGAGCCGGAGGAGACUGAAGUUCAGUGGGAGACGAAGGAAGAAGCAAAGGAGCGCCUCUCCGAGGUUCUCCGCCAGUGGCACGAGGAAGGAAAAGCGGCCAUUGCAUCUCUGAAGGAAGUGGCAACCGAGGCGAACAUCCCGUGGGUGGAAGUGGAUGCCAGACGACGAGGUCAUAUUGUUGACUUCCAGCUGACCACUGCUCUGGAAAAAUACAUCAAACACCGUUCGAGCCUGCUGCAGCGAGCCUACCCAAUCGGAACCAACAUGGCUUCGAUGCUGUUGGACGUCGGCUACCGGCAGCUGAGUAAGUUCGGUAAGCAGUGCCCGGUGACGCUGAAGGACCGAGGCAUGAUGCUGCCGCCGUUCAACCCUGUGGAGCGGCGGCCGUACCCAGUCAUCUACCGGCGGCACAUUUACUACUGCAUCAACAGCGCGGCUGCCGCCAAAUUCAUCCGCAAUCCUUUGAUGUACACUGAGCAGAGGCCGCCGCAGUACCUGAUCCCCAGCCGCGUGGCGGUGCUGGGACCGCCCAAGUCAGGUAAAACGGCCGUUAGCUGCGGCCUGGUGCGCCGCUACGGUCUGCACCGCGUCUCGGCCGGGGAGGCGGUGCGUGCCCUGUUGGCGCGCUGGCCGCCGCUGCAGCUGGGCGAACGCGUGCGGCACCACCUGGAGGAGGGCCAAGCGGUACCGGAGCCGCUCCUGGUGGCCGUGAUUCAGAUGGCAUUGCUCUCGGUGUCGGCCCAGGUGCACGGCUUUGUGCUGGAUGGCUGGCCGCAGAACGAGCGCCAGGCGGCGGCGCUGACGGCCGCUGGCGUGCUUCCUUACCUGAUACUGGAGCUGAAGGCCGACGCCGCGAUCACCGUUCGCCGCGCGCGGCGCCAGGAGAACUGGUUCCGAGCGGAGCAGACUCGCCUGGAGGCGGCUGCCACGCGGCGCAGGCCGCCCGCAGAGGAGCCGCGGCUGGAGACGCCGCUGGCGCACUGCGUUCGCCUCGCGAGCUGGAGACAGGCGUCCGAGCAGCUGGGGUACUACUACCAGCGCCUGCAUGGGAACCUGGUGGAGCUCAACGCCGGCAAAACCAUGUGGGCGGUGGAGAAGGAGGCUCGAGCCGCUCUCGAGCAGCGCAUCAGCGAAAUCUACCAGUACCGCGAGCGAGUGGCGUCGGGUCGAGCGGCGCCGCUGGGAGCCCUGUGUGUCACUCCGGACGAGCUGUCGGUGCGGCUCGGUCCCCUGGGUCACUACUGCCCCGUCUGCUGGAGGGACGGCAAGCUGACCGACCUCAGCGGCGAGAAAAGUCUGGCGCACGCCGUGGAGCUGGGCGGACGGUACUACCGCACGUGUGGAGCCGAGCACCGGGAGGUAUUCCUAGAGGACGGCGAGAUGUGCGUGCCGCCGCGCGCCGCUCCGCUACCUCCGGAGCUCCCGCGCAGGCUGUCCCAGCUCGACACGGCCGAACUGUUGCCCAACAUCCCCCUGGCCUUCGGAGGGUUCUGCACGGUCACCUACGUGCGCGGCGGGCGAAGGUACGAGGCUCUUGUGCGCGGCGACCCCGCAAUAGCCGUGGGCUAUCAUCAUCAGGUGUAUCUGCUGGCCUCAGAGGAAGCCCGAGACGCGUUCAUGUCGGAGCCGCGUCGGUUCUACGCCUGCGUUCUGCCGAAGAAACUCCCGCCGACCGCCACCAAGGACUCAACGACGAAGGCCAAGGAGCCCCAGCUGCUGCCGGUCUCCAGCCUUCCCCUGCCGGGCUACCUGGAGCAGACGCUCGGCCACCACCUGGUUCGGGUGCUGACGACGGCCGGCUGCCGCAGGCCCAAGCACCCUCAGCUGGGCGUCACGGCCUCGGUGCUGGUACACAUCGGCCUGCAGCUGCAGACGCGCGCCGCCGCCUCCGACUGUGUGCGCCGCCGCCGCGAGCAGAGACUGGCAGAGUUCGAGGCCGCCUGCGGACUGGUGGAGCGGCUCGGACCGGCGGUGAACGGAGUUGGGUCCGACCCGCGUCACAUGCCGGACAAUCUCAGACGGGAGAUGGAGAGGUUCACGGCGAUGCUGCAGCGGCCGCGGCAGGCAGCCUACAGGGACGUCUGCUGA